GCCUCCUUCUUUACGGCAGGCCGCAUUCCACGCUGCCAACAUGGCGUCCCCCAUGUAGACGACGGCAGUGGUUUCUACUGCAGGUGGCCGGGGGCAGUGCUGAGCUGGAGCCACUAUCCGUUCAGCCCGGGCUGCAGAAAACAGCGGUUAAAGUUCCUUUUGGAUUACAGUUGAGGACCGCCGCUUCCGUUUAGUUCCUGCAAGUUCCUUCCUCGCCCCUGGUUUCUUUCCCGAGGCACCUACUCCCAGGUCCCUGUCCCUCCCAGACUCAGAUUAUGAGCCUUCGGCAGCUGCUGAUGCGCUUGCCCUGUUAUCUCGGGGCCUUGGGUCCCUUACGUCGCCCGUGGUGGUUCCUGUCCGCUGUGGGCUCCUCUCGUGGUCAGUCCACCCGAUCCCCGACACACUGGAACCAGGUGGUGUCAGAGGCGGAGAAGAUCGUGGGCUACCCCACGUCCUUCAUGAGCCUCCGCUGCCUGCUGAGCGACGAGCUCAGCAACAUCGCUAUGCAGGUGCGGAAGCUGGUGGGGACUCAGCACCCUCUGCUUACCACUGCCAGGGGGUUUGUACAUGAGAGCCGGCAUAACCUGCAACUGAGGGGCUUGGUGGUGCUGCUGAUCUCUAAAGCGGCUGGGCCCAGCAACAUGGACACUGCAUGCCAGAACUACGACAUGGUCAGUGGGAUCUACUCAUGUCAGAGAAGUUUGGCAGAGAUCACAGAACUUAUCCACACUGCUCUCCUUGUGCAUCGCGGGAUAGUAAAUUUAAGUGAGUUGCAGUCUUCCGAUGGACCCCUAAAGGACAUGCAGUUUGGAAAUAAGAUAGCUAUCCUGAGUGGAGACUUUCUUCUAGCAAAUGCCUGCAAUGGACUAGCUCUGCUACAGAACACCAAGGUCGUGGAACUUUUAUCAAGUGCUCUUAUGGACUUGGUGCAAGGCGUAUACCAUGAAAAUUCAACUUCAACCAAGGAAAAUGGUAUCACAGAUGAUAUUGGAAUAUCGACUUGGAAGGAGCAGACUUUUCUGUCCCAUGGUGCCUUGCUCGCAAAGAGCUGCCAGGCCGCGAUGGAGCUGGCGAAGCACGGUGCGGAGGUGCAGAGCACAGCCUUCCGCUACGGGAAGCACGUGGCCAUGAGUCACAAGAUACAUUCUGACCUUCAGCCUUUCCUUAAAGAGAAGGCCGGUGAUUCCAUGACUUUUAAUCUAAACUCGGCACCUGUGGUUUUACAUCAGGAAUUUCUUGGACGAGAUUUGUGGAUGAAGCAGAUCCGAGAGGCUCAAGAAAAAGGAAGGUUAAACUAUGCUAAGUUGCGAGAAACAAUCAAAGCUGGCAAAGGUGUGACUUCAGCUAUUGACCUGUGUCGUUACCAUGGAAACAAGGCCCUGGAGGCCCUGGAGAGCUUCCCACCCUCGGAGGCCAGAUCGGCUUUAGAAAACAUCGUGUUUGCAGUGACCAGAUUUUCAUGACACCGAAUUUAAAAAGACACUGUUAUUCCUUAGCCGGAAAAACCUAAGGAAUGAGGUGAUCCAGGCACUUUUGUUACAAAAUAGCGGAAUACAUUAAUGACUUUAAGAACAUACACAUAUCUUUUCCUUCCUUUUUAGCACAUUGCUAAACGAAUCCUGCCCUCUUUCUGGAAUCAACUGCAAACAAAAUUAGAAAAAAAAAGGUCAAGCAGUUUUCACUUGUCACGCCAGAAGCACACUUGAGGCUGCAGUAACAGAAAUAAUUAAUGAGAUUCACUCCUGCGACCUCAGCAAAUGGACAGGAAAUAAGUCCUUAUUGAUUGGACCGGGCCAGGGAUGGCGCCAGGGCGGUGGCCUGUGGUUUCCUUCUAGAGAGAGCGGAGCGAGCCGACAGCGGCGGGUGUUGGACAAACACUAUCCAUACCAGCCGGGGAGGGCUGGCAAAGCAAAGCCGGUGCCCAGCUUGCCGUGGGGCGGAGGGGCCUGAGAUCUAGCGGGAAUGUGCCUUCUUUGUGUGUCAUGUGGUCCGUGAUUUUAUAGAUACGAUAUGAAUAUAUUUUGCGCAUCGUGGUUUUUGUAAUAUUUGCGGGGGGGGGGGUAUUGCUGAAAAGUUGCCAAAUAUUUGAAAUACAUUAAAAUGUUAUCACACGUUAAUGUGGCCAUAUUAGAAAUGA